UUUUGUCGAUGACGAAAGUUUCCGCCUCACCCUCUGCCUUGGCGUUGCUCUGCCUAAACUUUGCAGUUGCAGUGUCGAAUACUUCCUUGUUUCUACUGUUAUUAGGAGGACGGCGGCUCUUAUCAGGCGCAGCCACGAGUGGCGAUGACAACCGGAAACCCUUGAACGCGUCGUUCCAUAUUCCGACGAUAACGACCGCUCGCACGUCUGCUUCCGUCACCCCGUAACGUUUGGUCAACGAGGCCAAGGCCUCAUCUGGCGUUUUGGGAGCCGGUACGUCGAGCAAACACGAGGAUUACUCUCCAACUAUCGUGCUUGAUGGACUUCCAGCUGUUCCCGCUAGACAGGCAGAUCUGUGAUGUCGUCUUCCGCCCGUAUUCUCACACAGACGAAAAGGUGGCGAUUUCCUGGCGUGAGACAAAUGCUGUCGUGCUGGAAUUCUCGAAUGACGCUCCGGAAUUCGACGUUAUCAAUUUUGAGAUCCACAACUUCACAAGAUUCCAUCGAACGGGCAACUUCAGCAGCCUAAAGAUGGAGUUCCUGCUGGAGCGGGACCCCGGCUACUACCUCAUCCACCUGUACCUGCCACUCACGCUAACCGUGCUCAUGUCGUGGCACGCAUUGUGGCUCAAGGUUGAGAUCCCGCAAGCCCGCAUGGUGCUCAGCGUCAACUGCCUGCUCACCAUCGUGACCGUGUCCAACGGCGCCCGCGCACUCAUACCGCGGGUCUCCUACCUGAAGGCCGCCGACGUUUGGGUCACCGCGUGCAUACUCUUCGUGUACGGCGUCAUCUUGGUCUCCGCCAUGGUCAACUACAUGGCCAGGCUUAAGCUCAGGGCCCUCUGGCUCAGGAAGGUGGACCAAGUCUUUGCGGACGUGUGCCACGUGGCGAUGCACGGGACGCCUUCGGACGACUUCCUGCUGAAAAUGAACCGGGCCAACAAACAGGAGCACCACAGGAACGUCAAGAGAUCGGAGUCCGUCGAGAGGAACGCCCGCUAUCUUUUCCCCAUCUGCUUCCUCUUCUUCAAUAUCGUGUACUGGCCAUUCUACAUGCUGCGCGCGUACGCUUACUUCUGAAAGCGAAAGUUUUCGAUCAGAGCAACAUUCAGGGGAAAGU